AUGAACGACUUCUGGAUGACAGCAUGGGAAUUUCUGGGCGUUACAGCAUCUUCGAGGCCGGAAAAGGCAAUCGAUGAUGCCGCCCAGAUCGAUCAGUUUCCUUCAUUCUUCGAAGGAGCGAGACUCAAUUUUGCGGAGAACGUGCUCAGACGGAGGCGGAAAGGCACUGCGAUCAUCGAAAUGAGGGAGGACAACCUGUUCAACCCAGACAGGUAUUCUUGGAUGGAUUUAGAAGACACAGUGGAGAAAUAUGCCGAUGCUCUAAAGUCCUCUGGGUUGCGAAAGGGAGAGGUUGUGGUGGUGGUGGGCAGCAACUGCGUGCGGUCACUUGCGCUACAACUCGCCACAGGUGCUCUUGGAGGCAUGUUCGCUUCGUUUGCGACAGAUAUUGGUGAGAAAGCCUUAAUCGACCGUCUCCAAAUAGUCGAACCCCGCUUCCUAUUUACUGAAUCGGUUUACUCGUACAAUGGGAAGAAAGUGGAUAUUAGAGGCAAGAUAUCCAGGGUCUAUGAUCAGCUCCAGCGAGGUUCAUGUCAGCUGGUAGUUAUCGGGCCUGCGUUGGAGUCGCAAUCAGGGGUGUCACUCAAAACCUUCCUUAUUCGAGCAACUAGAAUUAGGCUCGUAUUUGAGCAGCUGCCGUUCUCAACGCCAUUCAUCGUCAUGUUUUCUUCAGGGACUACUGGAGCUCCCAAGGCCAUCGUCCAUUCUCAUGGUGGCCUGGUGAUGAACGGGCUGAAAGAACAUAUUCUUCAUCAUGGCGUAGGUCCAGGAGAUGUCCACUUUCAUUACAGCGGAAUUGGGUGGACUCUGUGGAAUAUCUCCCUUGGGUCUCUUCUUGCUGGGUCGACGCUGGUGCUGUACGAUGGCAGCCCGUUCUUCCCUACCGCAGAUAAAUUCCUACAGGCGUUAUUCAAGAAUAAUAUCACAUCCUUCGGUGCUGGUCCGAGAUACUUUGCGGAACUUCGUAAGCUGGACUUGGAACCAAAAAUAUUUUCAACUCAUCUGCAUACGAUAGUGUCAACCGGCGCGUUGCUGCCUGUGCCACUCGCAACCUGGCUGACCCGGGCAUUUGGCCCAGUAUGUCAAAUUAACAUGUCUGGCGGCACGGAACUGUGCGGAUCUUUCGUUCAUGGCACGCGAUCUUUACCCUCGUAUCCGGGCGAGAGCUCUGUCAUCGCCUUAGGACUGGACGUCGUUGCAUUCUCGCCCGAUGGGCUCGAAUUGGAAGAAGGCCAAAGUGGAGAACUCGUCUGCCGGAGACCUUUUCCAAACAUGCCUGUCAUGCUCUUGAAAGAUCCUCAUCGCAAGCGAUAUGUCAGCUCUUAUUUUUCAGGUUUCCCGCAUGUGUGGACACAUGGGGACUUCAUGAAGAUCAACCCGGAAACGAAAGGCGUUUACAUCCUUGGAAGAUCCGAUGGAGUAUUAAAUCCCAGCGGCAUUCGUUUUGGUAGUUCCGAAAUCUACAAUAUACUCCUGAGCCCAAAGUUCACCCGGUCCGUCUCAGACGCCUGCGUCGUCGGGCAACAGAGGAACCAAGCGCCCUACUUUGACACGUCGGAGAGAGUUGUAUUGUUUGUUAAAUGCACGUCCAAUGCACUGCUGAGCUCUGAAUCUCCGCUUAAGCUACACCCGACACUUGAAAAACAAGUCCGUGAACAGAUUACUAAAGAUCUUAGUAGGCGGCACGUUCCCGCCUUUAUCUUCACGGCGCCGGAGAUCCCGUACAAUGUGAAUGGCAAGAAGCAGGAGAUCCAAGUACGAGCUGUAUUGUGUGGUGGCGAACAGGCUAUGGCGAAGUUGCAGGUCACGGAAGAAGAGAGGAGAGUUCUGAAGUGGUUCUUACCAUUUUACGCCAUGGAACGAAUUAUUGCAGGCAGUGAUGUCGUUUCUUCUAAGCUAUGA